AGGCCAUUGGUAGAUCCCUCUGUCCUCUGAGCAUUGUUUCAGAGAUCCGGGUGAUCAACUGAGCUAAAGAUUAGAAAUCGUCUUUCAGGUUGUUUCUCUUUUGAGAAUAACAUGGAGUCAAAAUCCUGUAUUUACCAAAAAAAAAAGAGACGUAAGAUAAGGUAUCAGUCAAAAUUGCACGAGGAUAAGAUAAAUAAUAAAUCUGAAUGUCUAUGAACAUUUGUGCAUACAUUCACUCAAAGUCCUAAAACAAGCUAAUAUUAGAAAUCACAGGAACACAAUAGAUGCUAUAAUGAUGAGACUGUGGUCACCCAGUCUGACAACACAUCCUAACACCAUGUUAAGAGAGUGAAAUGUUUCUGUAGUGUGUUGGUACUUUUGAAUGGAGACGGUGGGUUUUAGUUGUGCUUUGACCGCAGACUGGGGCAACUGUCUAAUUCAAUACAGGCAAACUAUUGUGAUUACCAUAGUGUUAUUUUUAGAAAGAGAGAGAUGGCAAUGAGUGUAGAGGAAAUGAGAUGAAAUGUGGGGAGGGUGAUGGGGUGUGGAGAUGUAAAAGAUAAACAGGGAAGGGAACAAGGGGCAGUGUUACGCCGAAGACUGACGUGAAUGAAGACAAAAUCGUGGACGAGCAGGCACAAGUCCAGUUGAACAUCCGACUGCGUGCCACACAGGUCGCUACUCCAGUAGCUCCAGAAGAAGCCGGGAUACAGCAUCACAGGAUAUCUGAGGGUCAAAGACAAGAGAUCAUUACCAAAGCCCUGAUUUAGACCAGAGCAAGGAGAAGUGCCUUUUCAUCCAACUUUUCACAGUGGUGAAACCGAACAGAGUCCUGACCAUGAGAAGUGUGCGUGUGUGUUUCUGCCUGGCUCUGCUGCUGCCAUGGUGUGUCCAGAGCCAGAGGAGCAGUCCUGCUCUUGCCAAACUCGAUGAAGACACACAGAGGGACGUGCUGGCCAUUGACAUCCUAAACCGCAGCGGUGUGUUGAACUCAUUGCUCCGAUCAGAGUAUCACACUGUGCUCCGGCGAGCACGAGCCCCGCGCCCAGCCUCCCAGGUGCCAAAGAGAGCCCAGCAGGGGUCCCGCUUCGCCCUGUCCCUCGAUGUUCCCACCAGCAUCCUCAGUGUCCUCAUAGACCUGGCCAAGAACCAGGACAUGAGAACCAAGGCAGCAGCCAAUGCAGAACUGAUGGCGCGAAUAGGAAAGAGGAAGUAAGAAGCGGGGCCCCUGGAAGCUGUCAGGGGCUUGAUGGACAAAGUCUCACCUCAAAAGAAGAGUUAACUUCUUACAUUGUGGCACCUGGUUAGAAACAAUGUUAGUUCAGGUGAAAUCAGUCAUUGUGGUCAGCAUCUGUCCUUUAGAGCUUAGAUCUGCUUUACUUUUAUACUUAAGACUUACUUAAAUGAUUAUAUUACCUCAUUCUACACCUAACCACUCCAUGGACUGACUCUUGAAACAGAAGUAAUUAGAAAGAAUGACGUAAAACAUAAAAAGACAAUGUAAACAAUGUAAGAGGAGGCUGGUCUUUUGUCUCAAAGAUUAUUCACCCAUGGGCCAAAGACUGUGAUCGGGUUCUGAAAUCUGUUUCUUGUGUUGUGCAUGUGUAAUCUUGAAUUCAAAGAAAAGGUUGUUCAAUUAAAUCCAAUAUGAUAAUCAUAUUUUCUUCUCAAGUCUAAUUCAUUUCACUCUGCAUUGAUAUCAGGCACGCUUAGUAUAAUUACAAGCAUCAGCAGCCCAUAAAGCACAAAUGAACGUGUCUGAGCCAAAAGAGCCUGCGUCACCCGCGGCAGGGUCUGAUGUGUGAUAACAGGACAAAGACAUGGGCAGGAUAUUGACCUCUGAAAGAAGAACAGACCCUUUCUACAGAACCUUUGUUUACAAAUACUACAUUUGGCAAACAAGUCACAGCUAUUUUAAGUCUGAUGCCUUAUCUGCUCGACACUAAUAUCUGUGGCGUGAUUCAUCUGUGCUCCUGCAGUAAGCAUGAAAUG